CUGGUCCUGUCUAACGUGGACGUGGAGCUGAAGUAUUAUGACCUUGGUCUGCCGUGCCGCGACCAGACAGACGACCAGGUCACCAUUGACUCGGCCAUCGCCACCAUGAAGUACAACGUCGCUGUCAAGUGUGCCACCAUCACCCCGGAUGAAGCCAGAGUCGAUGAGUUCAAGCUGAAGAAGAUGUGGAAGAGUCCCAACGGAAGCAUCAGGAACAUUCUGGGUGGAACCGUCUUCCGAGAGCCGAUCAUCUGCAAGAACAUUCCCCGUCUGGUCCCUGGUUGGACGCAGCCAAUAACGAUCGGCAGACACGCCUUUGGUGACCAGUACAGAGCCACAGACUUUGUAAUCACCAAGCCAGGGAAGUUUAAGAUGGUGUUCACCCCAGCUGACGGCAGCAAGGGGAGUGAGUGGGAGGUCUUUGACUUCGUCUCAGGAGGCUGUGGGUUGGGCAUGUACAAUACUGAUGAGGUGAGCAGGCUGGGGCAGGUUCUUUUUUUAAAAGUUACACACUUUAUUUUCCAUCCAAGGAAUGAAAUUACUCGGCGUCAUCACCAGGGUUUUGACCUGACUGCAGCUCGGCGUCAUCACCAGGGUUUUGACCUGACUGCAGGUCGGCGUCAUCACCAGGGUUUUGACCUGACUGCAGGUCGGCGUCAUCACCAGGGUUUUGACCUGACUGCAUCAUUCCAGGAGAUCUUUGAGGAGAACUACAAGCCAGAGUUUGACAGGCUGAAGAUCUGGUACGAGCACCGCCUCAUUGAUGACAUGGUGGCACAAGUCCUCAAGUCCUCCGGAGCCUUCGUCUGGGCCUGCAAGAACUACGAUGGAGAUGUUCAGUCUGACAUAUUGGCUCAAGGUUUUGGCUCCCUGGGUCUAAUGACGUCAGUGUUGGUGUGUCCUGAUGGGAAGACCAUUGAGGCAGAGGCAGCCCACGGCACUGUGACACGGCACUACCGCCAACACCAGAGGGUAAGGAACCUCUAA